CUUUUCCUCUUUUUUCUCCCCAAAAAAACCAUCACAGAGCAAGGGGACCAGCCACUUGGAUGUGUGACCAUCUCUAAAAGCAGGUGGGGAAACCGACAAACAUGAAUGAGAACAUAGCCAAGAACUCCAGUGAGGAGCAGCCGGGCUGGUUCGAAGCCAGUGAGGACAAUUCAUCGCUGGAAUUGGCUUCGGCUGUGGACCGUUUCCCUCUCAACCCCUGGGAUGUGGUGCUGUGCGUCUCUGGGACUGUCAUCUCCUGCGAAAACGCCAUCGUAGUGGCUAUUAUUUUCUACACUCCUGCUUUGAGAACACCCAUGUUCCUGCUGAUAGGCAGCCUGGCCACUGCUGACCUUUUGGCUGGCCUGGGUUUGCUGGUCCAUUUCGUGUUCCUCUAUUGCAUCCAUUCUGAACUGGUCAGCCUGAUCACUGUUGGGCUAUUGGUUGCUUCCUUCACCGCCUCCAUCAGCAGCUUGCUAGCCAUCACCAUCGACCGCUACCUGUCCCUGUACAACGCAUUGACUUACUACUCCGAAAGGACCACCACUAGGACUUACAUCAUGCUCAUCCUCACUUGGGGGGUCUCCAUCUGCUUGGGGCUGCUCCCGGUCAUGGGUUGGAACUGUCUGCAGGACGUCUCGAGCUGCAGCAUCGCUAGACCCCUCACCAAAAACAAUGUGAUCAUCCUCUCUAUCUCCUUUUUUAUGGUCUUCGCCAUGAUGUUGCAACUGUACAUGCAGAUCUGCAAGAUCGUCUGCAGACACGCUCACCAGAUAGCUCUACAGAGACAUUUCCUCCCCACCUCCCACUAUGUGACCACCAGAAAAGGCAUCUCCACACUUGCUGUGAUCUUGGGGGCAUUUGCAAUAUGCUGGUUACCCUUUGCAAUAUAUUGCCUGAUGGGAGACUAUACAUAUCCAUCGUUAUACACCUAUAUUACUCUCUUACCAGCUACCUAUAACUCCAUGAUAAACCCGGUCAUCUAUGCCUACAGGAACCACGAUAUUCAGAAGGUUCUGUGGACAGCAUGUUGUGGCUGUUUAUCAGCUAAACGUUCAUUUAGGUCCAGGUCGCCCAGUGAUGUCUAGCUCUCUCUCCCUCUCUCACUCGGCACCCGUUUAGGGCUCAUUUUACGGCACGAAAUCGAUUCGAGUCUUUAAGUAAAACGUGCCUGGCUUUUGUUUAUUACAACCGGCGACUGUGAAUGUCAAAUAAAGAAUUAUUCUGUUGAAGAUGUUGCACUAAACAAACAAACAAACAACAAAUAAAAGCCAAAUUUAAAAAAAAAUGUUUUCUUAAAAGGAAAUGCGGGCAAAAAAGAUGAGAUGUUUUUGAGAUGAGACUUCUUGCAAAGUUCAAGCCAGAACAUAUGGACCAAGACCGUAAUACAUUAAAAGACUUUGUGUACUGUAUUUGAAAAUUUGCACAACUGUUCAGAAACACUUUACAAUAUAUACA